AUGAUACAGCCGGAAUAUUUAUUAUAUUUUAUCUCAAACGAUCAGGAAGCAGCUACAAUCACAUUUACAAUCGCUGAUAAAAACAUGCCAAUAACAGUAACAAUAAGAAACAAAAAUGGUGACGGUAUAUUAAAAUUAAACUGUUUUAAUAUGUUGACAAUUGAACGUUUACGUGAUAUAAGUUGUCGGUUAUUUAAUGAAGAAAGUGCAUACUACCGUUUAGAUGAUUCAGAAGGAUGUCGUAUGGGUGAAAAAGACACAAUGCAUGAUGUUGACGAUGAAGCAAAUGAAUUUCAAUUUCAAUUUAUCUGCAAAGCAUCAGUCAAAUGUUCAAUUAAAUUUCAAUCAAAAGUAAUUGAACUACCAUGCUAUUUAAAAACACCAGUUGCUACAAUUAAAUAUGGUUUAUUUAUUAUGGAUAAUAAAAAUGAAUAUGCUCAGAUUGAUUUAAAUGAUUUAAAUGUUGAAAAUGUUGUGGAUAAAAAAUCAACAAAACUCGAAGAGAUAACAACAUUACAUUUUAAGAUUGAGUAG